AUGUCUAGUAUCCUGGUGGUUACCUACACUAGUGACAUCAGUUAUAAAAAAAUGGUAUUAAAAAUCAAUGUUUAAAUUUCAAUUUCUAGCAGGAAUUUCGAAUUGAUAUAUGUAUAAUUAUUUGAAAUCAUGAACAUAUACUUACUAUAUUAUAAAUUACUAGAAAUAUUAAAAUCACAUGUAUUGUAUUAAUCUUUCUUUAUUAUUACAGAUUUAAUUGUAUUCAUUUUAUUUCGUCCUGGUAUUGUGUUACAUUCAAAAAUUAUCAAUGUAUCAAUAAAAAUAAUAUCAAUAGCGUUGGAUUAUUUCUUAUUUUUUACCGAGCUUAAAUUUAAAAUGUAGCAAUAGAAAUCACGUCCCAGCGCGCAAUAUCUAAUUUUAGAAUUCGUCACAGGCUCAUUCGUCUUCUAGUCUUGCACCUGCAAUAAACUUGCAAAUACUAAUGUAAUGAUAAUUAUACAAUUUAUCAAUAUUUUGCAAAAUCAUGUCUUUUACGAAAGGGUGAGCAAUCAAUUUUUCUUACAAUCUAUACACUUAGAAAGAUAUGCCCUGUAUUUUAUUCUAAAGACUAAAUCAGUUAGAUCUACGGACAUAUAAAUAAAAAAGUUUUGAUUUAAUUUAUUACUGAUAAAAUGCCACUUGUAAAAGACAACAUCACCGUAAGUACAUGUCUAAAAUAAUUGCUCAAACUACUUCCGUUUGGAUUGACCUCCACUGGUAAAUUUAGAAAUCUAAAUUACGCGACAAUUAUUAAAUUAGUUUUACUAUUAUACACAUAUGUAUAAAUAAUUGAAAUUUUUCAUAGGUACAUCUCCUUUAGCGAAUUUUUCAAGGUAGCUUACAACGCUGCAAUUGUAGAACCAUGUGCAAGUCGUUUCAAGGAAUUGUCUGAAAAGGGAGAUAGGGAAGGAAUGAUAAAGAUUCUCAUAAACAUACCAUAUAUUGAUAGAGUAAAGAUAGUCGAGUCGUAUAAGGGUAAGGAUGAUAUUAAAGCGGCGGAACUUUACAAAAAAAGUUGUGGAAUGAUAGCUGAAGAUGGAAUUGUGCACGAGGAGACAAAUAAAAGUAGUAUCCUUACUGAAACACUGUUUAAAGCCAGUGUAACUAGUAGAUUGUUUCUGAAUGCGCUUCUAGAUUGCGCACAAUACUGUUAUGAUUCGAAAGCUUUCGUAAAAUGCUUGAAAUAUUGCGAAUGCAUGCUUACACUUCCCGAAAAUUUUUACGAUAAAACUCCUGAAUACAGAAACGAUUUCUCGGAACGUAGAAAAGCAUGUGUCGAAUUAGAGCGUGAAUGCUAUAAAAAUAUGAAGGUGUCAUCUUCUCAGGACAAAAGACCGCGUAAAAAAUGCAACAAAAGUCAGAAUGUUCCUCCCGAGAAUGCAUUAUUGACAAGAAAUGCUUCGGUGAUACCGAGUGUUGAUGGGAAACAACAUGCUGUUCUUAAAAGUUGUUCCAAUGCUGUUGCUUUACAAUUCGAUGAAACACGAGGUCGACAUCUCGUAGCUACAAGAAACGUCAAGGCAGGAUCUGUUCUUAUCGUUGAAACACCAUUUGCAUUCAGCACAAAGAAGGAAGCACUUGAUAGAAAUUGCUUACACUGUCAUAUUACUCUUAAAUCGAGUGACAGUGUUAAAAUUCCUUGUUAUUUUUGUCAAACAGUAUCUUUCUGUUCGGAGAAAUGUCGCAGAGAAGCGUGGCAAAUGUAUCAUCAGUACGAAUGUUUUAUAUUUGACGCUUUCUAUGGAAAUGAUCUUGAAGAAAUACAUACUUCACAUUUAUUGCUAGCUUAUAGAAUGAUAAUUUCAGCCUUUUUAUCUUCAAAUGCCGAGCAAAUUAACAAUACGGGAAAAAGUAAAAUUCUUUUUCUAAAUGACAAUUUCCUUCGAGAUUAUGCUACAAAUAAAAACAAAGAAUACAGCGAUCUAGGAAUAAAUGAAGCUUAUUAUAAUCUCGAUUAUCGUACUAUAUUAAAUUUAGAAACUCAUUGUACAGAGAUGGAGCCUAGCAUAAAUCUUGUUCGAGCUAUAGAAGCUAUAUUUUUAGCAAAGUGUUUUACUUUUGUCUUGAGUAAAAUGGACGUUGUUUGCUUAAAAGAAUCUUUCAUCUUCUUGGCAGUAGCAAUGUUGCACAACUUGCAAGUUAUUAAUUGCAAUGCUUAUGAAAUUGUAGAAAAUAUAUAUGAUAAAAAAACGCAUGCUUGGGAACCAAGGCACGUAGGUGGAGCAAUUUAUCCUUCGGUUAGUCUUACAAACCAUAGUUGUUAUCCAAAUGUAGUUCGCCAUUCUUAUCCAUCAGGGAUAGUUGUAUUAAGAGCAUUGCGUUUUAUCGGUAAGGGUACCGAAAUUUUUGAUUGUUAUGGGCCGCACUGGCUUAGCGAGAGGCUUGAAUCAAGGCUUGAAUACUUAUGGAAGAAGUAUCGUUUCGUAUGUGCAUGCGAAGCAUGUGCACAAAAUUGGCAAUAUCCGCUACCUGAAACUAUGAAUUUCAAAUGCAAGGUGUGUUCAGAAAUUAUAGGUACAAUCGCAUUAAAUGAAAAACAUAUGCAGAAUAUAUUUAAUAAACAGUGUCGCAACUGUACCGAGAAAAUUGAUCUAAAAAAAAUAAAGAAUCAGUUUCGAAAGUCAGUUGAGAAAAGAUUAAACGCUAUUUCUAAAAUGUAUGACGGCCAUUAUGAACAGGCUCUUCCUGAAUUACUUGAACAUAUACAGUUUAUUGAGAAGUGUCUCAUUGCACCCAACAUGGAAACUAUUAAAACACAACAAUGUAUCAUUCAGUGUUACAAUCAGUUUGGUUGUACCUCUCAAUAG